AUGUCUCUCAUUUGCUGGGAUCAGUUUCUUUUGUCUUGCUCAUUGGACAACACGGUCAAGAUAUGGGCUGCAAUUGAAGGUGGCAACUUGGAAGUAACUUACACUCACAAAGAAGAACAUGGAGUGCUAGCUCUAUGUGGUGUACAUGAUGCAGAAGCCAAUGCUCUUGCAAUGACAAUUCCUUGCGCCUCUACGAUUUGCCAUCAUUUACGGAGAGGGGCAAAAUCUUUGCAAAGCAAGAGAUACGGUCGAUCCAAAUAG